AUGAAUCGCUUCUACAAUAAUCAGCAGGCCCCGGAGCACCUGCGGCGCCAGCUCCAGGCAGCACGUCAGCAGCGGAGCCAGCAGCAGCAGCAGCAGCAGCAGGAAGUGGUGGAGGAGGCUGGGUCGUCAGGAAACUUCAACAUGCAGCAGGACGUACAGCAUAGCCCGCAGCACGAUCAGCGUUCGCCCCGCAAUCCUCAGGCCAUGAUGCCCCCGAUGGGCUCUGAUACAUCCAUGAUGGGCGGUGAUUCCAUCGAUGAUAUUAUAUCCCAGAAUACAGCUGCAGAGACGCGAAGACGGCGUAGUGUGCCGCAACCUUUUCCGCCCAGUCACAUCCCGACCUCCCACGACGAUGCCGACAGGAGGAUGUCCAUGUUAGAGUUCGGAAGCGGAAAUGAUGAUUUCCGGGGGUUCCAGUUCGGCGACCAGCUUCCGACUGUCGGGCCGUCCUCCACGAUGGCAGACAGUAUGGCCACGUACGGAAACAUGACCACCAUGGCCUCGCCCUUAGACAUGCAGAGCACCGCGAGUUUCAACCACUCCCUCGGCAUGCCCAACCACAACGACUUUUCCACUAUAUCGCCAGACGUUAUGAGCAAUAUGAUGAGCUUCUCGAACUUGAAUAUGGGCUCCAUGGCCCCCAAUCCGAACGCCAUGACCAUGUUUAGCAAUACAGGUAUGAGUACACAGUUCGACAGCGGCCUAGACGCCGUGCAGCCCGAUUUCUCCAUGGACAUAAACCCGGCCGACGACCCCAUGAGCGCUACCGUAGCGCAUCCGCCCACGACGAUGGGCAUGGACGAUGGCGACGAGGAGAUGCUCGGCGUCUCACAAGCCUUUACCAACAACGGCUCGGGAACACCCCAGCAGCAGUCUCAGCAGGGGAGCGGCGGUCACAUGAGCGCCUUCAGUAUGACACCAACUUUACCAAGAGAGGCGUCCAAUGCGACCUCGUUCCGACAAUCAGCUGGGUCGCCGCUGUCGCAGGGCCUCAACACGGCCAGGCCUAGUAUGGGCCCCGAGACGCCCACCGCGUCAGCAGCUGUGUCGGGGCCGCUAACCAAAGGUGCCGAUUCACCCGAAUCGAACGUCUACUCCAGAAGCGGGUUCGAUAUGAUCAGAGCGCUAUACUACGUGUCGACCAGGUCGAAUCCCCAGAUCCAGCUGGGCGCCGUCGACUUUUCUUGUGCUUUUGUUGUUUGCGACGUCACAAUGAAUGACUGUCCCAUUAUCUACGUCUCGGACAAUUUUCAGAACCUCACGGGCUACAGUCGUCAUGACAUCGUCGGCCAGAACUGCCGGUUUCUCCAAGCGCCGGAUGGAAAAGUUGAAGCUGGUACGAAGAGAGAGUUCGUGGAGAACAUCUCAGUCUGGAACCUGAAGAGAAAGAUACAGGAAGGCAAAGAGUGCCAACAGGGUCUGAUUAACUAUCGAAAAGGCGGCAAGCCGUUCCUCAACCUCCUCACCAUGAUCCCGAUCCCCUGGGACAAUGAAGUCGACAUCCGAUAUUUUAUCGGAUUCCAGAUUGACCUGGUUGAGUGUCCCGAUGCCAUUGCAGGCAAAGAGAAGCAGGGCUCGUUUCCGGUCAACUACAAGCACAGCGAUAUUGGGCAGUACAUAUGGACGCCGCCGCCGCAGGCGAACCAGUGGGACCCAGAAAGCGGUCAGACGCUCGGGCUGGAUGAUGUGUCGACGUUGCUUCAGCAAUACAGGCCCGGGGCGGCGCUCAGCGACUGGCACAAGCAAUCGUGGGACAAGAUGCUGCUGGAGAACGCAGAUGACGUCGUCCAUGUGCUGUCGCUGAAGGGACUCUUUCUGUACCUAUCACCUUCCUGCAAAAAGAUCCUGGAAUACGACCCGAGCGAGCUGGUCGGCAACCCGAUCUCCUCAAUAUGUCACCCAUCUGACAUAGUGCCUAUCACCAGGGAGCUCAAGGACACCGCGGCAGAGAAGUAUGUCAACAUUGUGUUCCGCGUGAGGAGGAAAGAGAGCGGUUAUACGUGGUUCGAAAGCCACGGGUCCCUCUUCGUCGAGCAGGGCAAGGGGAGGAAAUGCAUCAUCCUGGUCGGACGGAAGCGGCCAGUGUUUGCGCUGAGCAGGAGGGAGAUUGAGGCGAACGGAGGAAUUGGUGACGGCGAGCUCUGGACGAAACUCUCCACCUCGGGCAUGUUCUUAUUUGUGUCCUCGAACGUGCGAUCGCUGCUCGACCUGCAGCCAGAUCAGCUGGUUGGGACCAGCAUACAGGACUACAUGCGCAAGGAGACCAGGCCAGAAUUCGGACGGGCGAUCGAGAAGGCCAGGCGUGGCAAAGUCGUAUCCUGCAAGCAUGAGGUCCAGAAUAGGAGAGGCCAGGUGCUUCAAGCGUCCACGGUCCUGUAUCCCGGAGAUGCCGCCGAAGGCCAAAAGCCGACAUUUUUAUUGGCGCAGACAAAGCUGCUGAAGCCAUCGAGUCGGGCGCUGGCCCCAGCAGCCUCUGCAGGCAAGUCCACGUCGCCGAUGGCCAGCGGGCCGCCAGAGGAUCCUACCCAGCCGUCACACGGCUCGCUUGCCUCACCUCACCGUGCCCGGUCCGCGUCGGGUCCAGAGCAGGGGAUCGUGUCAGCCCCAUCAGGCGGCGGCCUACCCCUCGGCACUCAGGACUUGGCGCUCGCCAGCGACGAUAACAUCUUCGAGGAGCUAAAGACAACCAGGUGCAGCUCGUGGCAGUUUGAGCUGCGACAGAUGGAGAAAGUGAACAGGCUGCUCGCGGAACAGCUCGGCACGCUCCUCAGUAACAAGAAGAAGAGGAAGAGGAGGAAGGGCGUUGGCAAUGCCGUCCGGGAUUGCGCCAACUGCCAUACGCGUAACACGCCAGAGUGGAGGAGGGGACCGAGUGGCAAUCGUGACCUCUGUAACAGCUGUGGGCUGAGGUGGGCCAAGCAGACUGGCCGUGUGUCGCCUAGAACUUCGUCCCGCGGCGGCGAUGGCUACUCCAAGAAGUCAAGCUCGCCCAACCACUCCUCCCCUCUCCACCGCGAGAUCACAAACAUAGCUGAGACUCCCGCUGGUGGGUCACAGGCUGCCAUAAGCAGCAAUGAUGGAAGCAAGGCGGCGCGGUCCCAGAGCACGAGUAGUGCGCCAAACGCGGCUACAAGCAGUCACAGCAGCGCCGUAGGAGGAGCGUCAUCUUCCAAGGGCUUGAUGCCGCCCCCUAGUCAGCCACAGCUCGAGGGCGGGGCGGGCACCGACGGCCACAGUAUGAGCAUGACGAGCAUACGGGAGGAGGAUACAAUGCUGUAA